GGAAAAGUAUUAAACCGACGCCAUGGACGCGUGUGCGCAUUCCAUCUCCCCAUCGUUGCGCUGGAGGCUUUCUGCGAGCUGGCGUGUCAGAUUCGCACGGAGCGUAGCCGAACCGCCUUGUUGCUCAUCACCGCACACCUUUUCCAUCUCACCGCACGCAAGAACGCGCCGUCCCGAGGGACACUUGAUGCAGCGCAUACUUAUUCGCCUCGACUGCACUCAUUUCGCCUCAUCCGUCUUCAACACUCCGCUUGACUGCCUCCAACACGUAAUCUACAAUUGACCACCACCGCCACCAUCUCACCCAUGGCUCGCGUCGCUCCGCUCCACUCCCUCGCUUUCAAGCGUCCACCGCGCCCCUCUCUCCGCCAUAUCGGCAUCCCGGACGGCGGAGACGUGCUCGCUGUGUACCUCUCGUGGAUCAAGCAGCGGCGCUCUCGCGCGCAGAUUGAAACGGCGCCUUCAUUGGCGAUCGCUUCGUCAGUGCGAUCAGUUGUUGGCGCGGAUGAGGAGCGCGAGCCGCUGUCGCCGGUGGUAGCGGCUCCCUUUGAGAGGUGGUCGACGGGAUUCGACCUUCGUGGUGUUGGGGGGCAAUUCGACUAGGAAGGGGCACCACCGGUCAUUGGAGGGGCGGCGUUUGGGCGAAAGGGCGUCUUUGGUGCCACUGGCCACCGCUUCGUGGUUUACUUGGCUGGUGAUGGGGUUAUUGAACAGCAUCUAUCGCGCUUCGUCUGCUCUGGGAUGCUUUCGGCUUUCGGAUACCUGUCCGUUUGGACACUGUGCGCGACCCACAUUUGAGUCUUUGUUAAGGCUCUAUAUCCC